AUGUCAACCAGCGUGAGCGGCGUCAAUCUGAACCUCUACGUUCUCUUCGUCAUCACCUCUUUGCUUUCGACAACAUAUGCCUUUGACCUUUCCACCACAAGUCAAAAAGCUCAUCUGAUUGCGAAGCAGCACGACGAGGCAUCCCUGGUUCCGGAGCGGAGCGAGGACAUGGCUCUUUCGAUUAUGCACCCCAAACCAGACCGCCAGAUGUCCGAAAGCGAACAUGUGCUGACAUUUCCGGGGUAG